AUGUCUGUCAACGCACAGAGGCAUAGCUAUGCUCUAAAUAGUCCACCACCGUUGGUUAACCUCACACCAUUCGAAGUAAAAUCCCACAAAGCACCAAAGCAUCAUGACAGAUGGAAGGACCCUAUUCCCUACCUGACACCAUGCAGAAAGUUGGGGCAAUGGAGCUUUUGGCCUUGUAUGGGUGUGUACAUCAUUCUCACUCUCCUUAUUCCAGAAGUUACAAGGCCCGAUAUUAAAGACGGAAAUGGAGAAGAAGUAAAAUUCGCAGCAAAAAUUACUAAGAAACCAGAAAUACAAGACAAAGAAUCUCAAAAGUUAGCUGAAGAAGAUGAAAUAUGGGUGAAUAGUGAAGCUCUGAUCAUGAGGGAGCUUCGCCACCCUAAUGUGCUCGAAUUUUACGGUGUUUUCGUUAACGAUUAUGCAUGGGUUAUCAUUUGUGAAUAUGCUAAAGGUGGAGACCUUGAAGAGCGCAUUAAGUCUCGAGGUCCCUUCAGAGAAAAGGAGGCAAAGCAUUAUGCAUGGCAACUUGUCAAGGCGGUUGCUCAUUUCGAUUCACAUCACACAUUACACAGAGAUCUAAAGCCAAGCAAUUUGCUAAUUAGGACCUAUAAUACUCCUUCACGGUCAUCCGACUCUUCAUCUUCCUCAUCUUCGUCGGAUGAGAAGGUGAAAGAAGCAGUUGUGGUUGGUGAUUUUGGGAAUGCAAGAAGAAAUGAAAAACGCAAAGCGCACAAAUUAUGCGGGACACUCAGAUAUUUAGCCCCGGAACAGUCCAAAGGAGAGUACACGACCAAAGUUGAUAUGUGGUCGGUAGGGAGCAUUGUAAGCGAACUUCUGACUAAAUCCAAUACAUACGACGCUAUCGGCUACCAUCGAGUUCUCAAGGCCAAACAAAGCAAAGACAAUACAGAGGAUUUCGAGAUAGUAAUGACGAAUGCAAUGAUUGAUAGGAUAUUUAAUACAAAUAUCUGGAGAUUCAUCUCUAACGAUGCCAAGAGCUUCGUUCGGCGGUGCUUAGAGGUGGAUCCCGAGAGAAGAAUGUCUGCACACGAAGCACUGGAACAUCCUUGGAUAAGUGAGUACAAGAGAAAUGCAGUGGAGAAAACAGAAAUUCCGAUUAGGACCAAGCAGUCACAGAGGAAGAACUCGAUUUCUGCAAAGCAUGGAACACCGAGAUCUUCACAAAGAUCGGAGGAUUUAGAAGGACGUAAAACUGCAGCAGGUUCAGCUCUGAGUCAGCACCAAAAAGUAAAUGCUAGCACAGAUACUAAAGACGCUCGCAAGGGAGGACGUAGACAUGGUACUAAGUAA